AUGACUGCUCAUAUCCGUGGGGAAGAUGGAGCGAAAGAAAUGCAUUAUUUAUUUUACGAUGGAGAAUCGGUAUCUGGUAAUGUAACUAUUUCAACGAAAAAGAAACUUGAACAUCAAGGAGUACGCAUUGAAUUUAUCGGUCAAAUAGAAGUAUAUUAUGACAGAGGAAAUCAGUAUGAUUUUAUAGCGAUUGUUAAGGAAUUGGCACGUCCUGGAGAGAUUAUCAAUUCUGCUAAUUUUCAUUUUGAUUUUCAGCAGGUUGAAAAGCCUUAUGAAUCAUACGUGGGCACCAAUGUGAAACUAAGAUAUUUUUUACGAUUAGUUGUUGUGCGAAGGUUAACGGAUAUAAUUCGCGAAAUGGACUUAAUUGUGCAUACAUUGUCAUCAUAUCCUGAUACUAAUAGUAGUAUUAAAAUGGAAGUUGGUAUUGAAGAUUGUCUCCACAUCGAAUUUGAAUAUAAUCGCUCAAAGUAUCAUUUAAAGGAUGUCAUUGUCGGAAAAAUUUAUUUUCUUCUUGUUCGAAUAAAAAUAAAAUAUAUGGAAAUUGCAAUAAUAAAAAGAGAAACUGUUGGGCUUGCACCAAACAUAUUCAAUGAAAAUGAAACAUUAACAAAAUUUGAAAUAAUGGAUGGCGCUCCUGUACGAGGUGAAUCGAUUCCAAUCCGAUUGUUUUUGGCUGGUUAUGAAUUAACUCCGACGAUGCGGGAUAUUUGUAAAAAAUUUUCUGUUCGCUAUUAUCUUAAUCUGGUCCUAGUUGAUGAAGAAGAUCGUCGUUAUUUCAAACAACAGGAAAUAAUAUUAUGGCGAAAAGCAGAUCGCAUCAAUAGACGAAUUGUAUUGGAUGAGGAAAUGAUCAAGAGUAAUGAAGUGGUAACAACGGAUACUUUUGGUAAAGUCACUGAUGCAAGAAUAAUUGAAUGA